AUGUCUAUCAUCGCUCCAUCGGCGCAGACUGCCUUUAUUGCUUUCCUGCUUGCGUACGACAGUGUUACCAAGAGCUACGGUUCGAUCAAGCCGGAUCCGAUCUGCAGGCGAAUCGCGGAGCUCUGGGAAGCAGCCCACUCUGAGGAUCCUCCUCAGCUCCUCAGGCCCACCGGAACUGGAGGAUGGAGGACCUGGGAGGGCGGCAAUCCCCAAGGCAACCGGCGACUCGCAGGGUUUUACCAAAUUCGCAUAACUCUGCUCGAGACUCAGCUACAACCUAACUCUGGCCGCGCAUGGUCGCACGCAUGGUUGCUUCCGGUCAUCUUGCCACGUGAUCCCACGUCAUUUCCCCCGAAAUCCAGGCGCUUAUCCGUAGGAGGCACCCACCCUACAGCCAGGCCCCGCCAGGUUGUCACCGUCACGCAACCUCCACCAGUCCAUGCCACUGUCCAUAGGGACCGAAUCCGCCUUCUGGCUAUGUCCGACAUGCCGCCCAACAUCCCCCUCCGGCCCCCGCGACACCAUUCCGUCGCCAGAGGCUCGAGCACGGCGUCCGUCGCCUCCGUUGCCUCGGUAGCGUCUUCCUCGAGCUCCGCCUCAUCUUCAAAGCGGGCACCGCCGAUACCACCGAAGACCUCCCGCGUCAUCGAUCAAUACCACGCCGAUCGCAACCCCGCUCAAUGGGCUUCUUCUAGAGGCUCUCUCAUACCUGCGCCCCAGCGUGCGAUUCUCGCACAACCACCUCAGGCCCCGAGGAGCCGAGCGCAGCCGCGCACGCAAGCGUUCUCCACGCACCAAGCUCAGCAGCGUCAGGAGAACCAACUUGGACUCAUCACCCGAAGACCACCGGGCCGAGUUGCCGCCAUGGUGACGUCGGCGCAGCAGCGAUCCAAUACGGCGACCUCGACCGGCUCAACCCAGAGCUUCACGUCGCUCGCCAGAUCCGUGCUUAGCGCUGCGGGGGCUGCCGGAAGCGCUGUCGCAAACACGGUCGUUGGGUCGGAGAAGACGCGAGGACCAGGAAAGGAGACGAUCUUCCUCGUCCCCGGCUGGGGUGUAAAGCGCCCCACGAAAGAUGGCAACGAGCUCGGAUUGUGUGUGUUCGAGCGGGAUCCGGGGAAUGUGUCCAGGACGCAGCGUGCAAUGAUGAGCCUCGUUCGACGGUUCGCCGCCCUUCCUGCCAUCCCGACGCUUCCGCCAAAGGGCAAAGGAGCGCUCAUGGACGACAAGUUGACCGACUCGCCCACGAGCGACCCGGCGGACGAUAAGGAUCUGCCGGAGGUGGAGGACAUGAUCGAUCUGGACUCGCCCCCUGGCACUCCGAAGAAGGGAAGGCCACCUCCUCCGCCGAAACCGAAGCCGGAGGCGCUGAGAGGUAACACCAUCGGCUCGCCCACGAGCGACCCGGCGGACGAUAAGGAUCUGCCGGAGGUGGAGGACAUGAUCGAUCUGGACUCGCCCCCUGGCACUCCGAAGAAGGGAAGGCCACCUCCUCCGCCGAAACCGAAGCCGGAGGCGCUGAGAGGUAACACCGUGUCGAGGAAGGGGGCCUUAAACUCGACUGACACUAAGCCCACAGCCACCCCGCCACCCUCAACGAGGAGGCGCUCGCCUUCCCCGCCGUCGCGUAUCCCCUCCACUGACCAGGUGUUCUUGGACAACGAACAGCUGCGGCUCGCCCACGAAUAUUUGGACACCCGUCUGCGCCCCUUCUGGUCAACGGCCUUGCCGAAUCGACGAGUCGCGCUGUCGCUCUACACUGUCAAGUUGAUCGACAGCAAGCCUGUGCCGGAACCUGGUCCGGAGCUGUUUGAUAAGCAGCCCCUCAUGCGAACGACGUUCACGACGAACAGCCAAGGUGUCUUCAUCCACCACUUCGCCAUCCCAUGGGAGCGCAUCUGCACACACCCGGAGUCGAUCGGUCUCGCGUUCUCGGAGGACCCGCAGAACAGCGACCCACACAAGGACUGGGGGCUGGUCUUCCGAGCACAACUCCUCAGCGAGGAAGGUCCCGAUGGACUGCAGCGAGCGACGACGUCCGACUCGAUGAACAGCACGGACAGCAGCAGGAGCAGCAGGUAUAAGAGCAGGUUAGCGCGCGCUGAGGGUGCUGCUACCAGCUUUUUCUCCCGCUCUGAGAUUCCGAAUCGCAACGACGGCGAUGGCGACCAGGAGAUGGGUCUGAUGGGACUCGGCGAAGCGAGCGCGGAGGCCAUCAAUGUUGCCAACAUUCAGAGGCCAGGAGGUGUGCGCAUCAUCUCUGACUUGCACAGUGAUAUUUUGAGUGGACCCCGCGAGGUGUUCCGCAACGUUUUCUGCCGUCGCCUUGAGGACAUUCUCGUGCACGGCAUGAACACGCUGUACCAGGACCUGACGCGGAUCGGUCUGUCCGGUGUGCACUUCGUGUCCAACUCGCCGGUAUCCAUCUACCCGCUCGUCUCGCAAUUCCUGCAGCUGCACAAGUUCCCGUCGUUCUACUCGCUCAAGCUCAAGAUGUACUCUUCGCGCUCGAUCGUGACGUCUCUUUUCGAGGGCGCAGGUGACCGCAAGCGUCCCCCGAUCGAGGACAUCAUGAACGAGUUCGGCGACAGCAAGUUCCUCAUGUUUGGUGACAGUGGUGAGCAGGAUUUGGAGCUUUACGUGUCACUCGCGCGCGAGCGGCCUAAGCAGGUGCUCGCCAUCUUCAUCCGCGAUGUCACGAGCAGCCGCGCUGAGGAGGCGCGCAAGGUCGCCGAGAAGGCGGGGCUGAUGAGCCACUCUGAGCUCGCCGAGAACGAGUCGGCGAAGCAGCGCCAGGAAGAGCACGGCGUCUACGCCAGCGGCAACACGUACGACCGGUCUCCGAGCCCGACCAGCUCUGGAGCCAGUACGCCGACAUCGACCAUCAGCCGCCAGCCGACGGACCAGGACAUGAAGCAGACGAUCGCGGACCUGCAAUCGCUCAGCGCCGAGGAGCAGAAGGUCCUCAAGCGCGCUGCGCAAUGGGAGACGCGCGUGAACCAGGCUCUCGACGCUGUCCCGCCCGGAGUCAAGCUCAUCUUCUUCAAGGAGCCGGAAGAAAUCGAGAGCGUUGCGCAGGCGCUCGUCGAGGCAAACGUCUAG